CUCUCAAAAAAACGAGCCCUAGUUGUAGAGGGUUGCUUCUCUGUGGCCAUGGCGUCGAGCGAGCUGGCUGGAGGCGCCGUCGCCAUGGAGAUGGAAGUUAGAGGGCCGGAGGCGGAUCUUCCCCGGCCAAAGUUCCCGGCUCUGAAGCCUCACGAGAUGUCGGACGGGAAGGUUCAGUUUAGGAAGGUGCCGGUGCCGCCUCAUCGCUUCUCGCCUCUGAAGCGGUGCUGGAUGGAGAUCUACACCCCCAUAUAUGAGCAGAUGAAGAUCGAUAUCCGCAUGAAUCUUAAGGCUCGACGGGUGGAACUGAAAACAAGAUCAGACACACCAGAUGUGAGUAAUCUUCAAAAAUGUGCUGAUUUUGUCCAUGCGUUCAUGCUUGGAUUUGAUGUAGCUGAUGCCUUAGCACUCCUGCGUCUAGAUGAUCUCUAUGUUGAUUCUUUUGAGAUCAAGGAUGUGAAGGCACUACGCGGUGAGCACCUUUCUCGUGCAAUAGGACGGCUUUCGGGGAAAGGAGGCAAAACAAAGUUUGCCAUUGAGAACUCAACAAGGACUAGAAUUGUCAUUGCCGAUACAAAGAUCAACAUUCUAGGGUCAUUUAUCAACAUCAAAGUUGCUAGAGAUUCUCUUUGCAGCCUUAUUUUGGGAUCACCCGCCGGAAAGGUUUACUCUAAACUCAGAGCUGUUUCUGCAAGACUAGCAGAGAGGUACUAGAACAUUAGAAUUUUGUCAUCACGGAUUCUAUCUUAAUAGCAGAGUGAACAGAUGUUCAUUUUGAGUAAUUUUGAUUUCCAGAUUUUGAUUCCGGAGUGAUUUGAUGUUUUUUCCAUUCUUUGCAUUUCAUGACUGACUGGAACCAAGUUUAUUGGUAUCAUGAAUUGCUGUUGGAAUGAAGCUCUGAGCAAACAUACCAAGAUUGGAAUUUGGAAAAUAUAUGAUUAUUGUUAGCCCUUUAUCUUAUUUUA